UGCUCGCCAUUCUUUCGAAGCAACCACGGUGAAGAGGAAGAGGCAGUUGGAAGCCGAGGCGGGCGGCCACAACGGUGCUUUAGGUUUUGCCACUGGCCGAAAAAGCCCUGAUAUCUUCUCCUGAUGUCUUUCUGAGGAGGCACAGUCCAAGCAAGAGUUCGGUAAUGGCAGCAGAUUCAAUGGAGAUUGAUGAUGCUUUGUAUAGUCGGCAGAGAUACGUUCUUGGAGAUACAGCAAUGCACAAGAUGGCUCAGUCUCAUGUAUUCCUAAGUGGAAUGGGCGGGCUUGGAGUGGAAAUUGCCAAGAACAUAGUUCUUGCAGGAAUAAAGGCUCUCACUAUCCAUGAUACCAAACAAUGCAAGACAUGGGAUUUAGGAACAAACUUCUUUGCUUGUGAAGAUGAUGUUCUAAAUGUAAGGAACAGAGCUGAAGCAGCACAGCAUCACAUUGCAGAGCUGAAUCCAUAUGUCCAAGUGAUGUCAUCAACUGAUCCAUUAAAUGAAAUAACUGAUAUUUCUUUUCUGAAACAAUAUCAGUUUAUAAGUGCGGAUGUGUAUGGAAUAUGGGCACGUCUGUUUUGUGACUUUGGUGAUGAAUUUGAAGUCCUAGAUACCACAGGAGAGGAACCAAAAGAAAUCUUCAUUUCAAACAUAUCUCAGGCGAUUUGUGGUAUUGUCACCUGCCUUGAUAAUAAUCCUCAUAAACUUGAAACUGGACAAUUUGUAACUUUCCGGGAAAUUAAUGGAAUGACAUCUUUAAAUGGAUCUACCCAUCAGAUAAGUGUGAUAUCACCUUAUUCCUUCAGCAUUGGGAAUACUGCAGAUAUGGAACCUUAUUUACAUGGUGGUAUAGCUGUCCAAGUAAAGAUACCUAAAGUAUUUCAUUUUGAACCAUUGGAGAAGCAGUUGUAUAAUCCAACCUAUAUUAUUGCUGACUUCAGCAAACCUGAGGCACCUCUACAGAUUCAUAUUGCUAUGCUUGCUUUGAAUGAAUUUCAGGACAGUUUUGCUCGCAUGCCAAACAUUGGAUGUCUUCAAGAUGCUGAAGAAAUGGUGAAGAUAGCUCUGUCCUUAAGCAAAACGCUGGAAGGCAAGCAUCAAGUAAAUGAAGACAUUGUGAAAUGGCUCUCAAGGAUGGCUCAGGGCUCUUUAGCUCCUCUCACAGCUGCACUUGGUGGUAUUGCUAGUCAGGAAGUCUUAAAAGCAGUGACUGGAAAGUUUUCUCCCCUGCAGCAAUGGCUGUAUAUUGAUGCAUUGGAAUUAGUCACAUUUCCAGAAAAAGUUCAUGAUGAAGAAUUCCUUCCAAGGGGAGAUAGAUACGAUGCUCUAAGAGUCUGCAUUGGAGAUUCCUUGUGCCAGAAAUUAAAGAAUCUCAAUGUUUUCUUAGUUGGGUGUGGUGCAAUAGGCUGUGAAAUGUUAAAAAAUUUUGCACUCCUUGGUGUUGGUGCAGGCCAAGAAAGGGGCAAGGUUGAAAUAACAGAUCCAGACUUAAUAGAAAAGUCCAAUUUGAAUAGGCAGUUUCUUUUCCGGCCUCAUCACAUACAGAAACCCAAGAGUUGUACUGCAGCAGCAGCAACACGUAGCAUCAAUCCUGAGAUAAAAAUAGACUCAUACCUUAACAAAGUGUGCCCAGCUACUGAGAACAUAUACAAUGAUGAUUUCUACACCAAGCAAGAUGUAAUUGUAACUGCAUUAGACAAUGUGGAAGCCAGGAGGUAUAUUGACAGUCGCUGCCUAGCAAGUUUACGUCCUCUCUUAGAUUCUGGAACAAUGGGAACCAAAGGGCAUACAGAAGUAAUUGUGCCUCAUCUAACAGAAUCUUACAAUAGUCAUCGAGAUCCACCUGAAGAAGAAAUACCAUUUUGCACAAUAAAGUCUUUCCCAGCUGCUACUGAACACACAAUACAGUGGGCAAGAGACAAGUUUGAAAGUGCUUUUUCACACAAGCCUUCCCUGUUUAACAAGUUUUGGCAAACGUAUCCAUCAGCAGAAGAAGUGCUACAGAGAAUAAAAUCUGGGGAAAGUUUGGAAGGCUCUUUCCAAGUGAUUAAGUGCCUGGGUAGAAGACCAAGAAACUGGCCCCAAUGUGUUGAAUUGGCGAGAUUAAAAUUUGAGAAGUAUUUUAAUCAUAAGGCUCUUCAGUUACUGCAUUCAUUUCCUAUUGAUACACGAUUAAAGGAUGGCAGUUUGUUUUGGCAAUCACCAAAAAGGCCACCUUUUCCAAUUCAGUUUGAUUUUAAUGACUCCUUGCACUACAGUUUCAUACUGAGUACAGCAAAACUGUUUGCAACAAUUUAUUGUAUCUCUUUUACAGAAAAGGAUGUAUCACAAGACACUAUUUUCAAGAUAAUUACUGGGUUAAAAAUUCAAGAAUUUCGACCUUCUAACAAAGUUGUACAAACAGAUGAAGCAGUACGGAAACCUGAUCCUAUUCCUGUAAGCAGUGAGGAUGAAAGAAAUGCUCUUCUUCAAUUGGAGAGUGCUAUCUUGGCCAACAAAGCUACAAAAAGUGAUUUACAGAUGAAGGAACUUAACUUUGAAAAAGAUGAUGACAGUAAUGGCCACAUAGACUUUAUUACAGCAGCUUCCAAUUUGCGCGCCAAAGUGUAUAACAUUGAACCUGCAGAUAGAUUGAAAACAAAACGUAUAGCUGGAAAAAUUAUCCCUGCUAUUGCAACUUCUACCGCAGCUGUAUCUGGCUUGGUUGCUUUGGAAUUGAUCAAAGUAGUAGGUGUCUGCCCAUUUCAAGCAUAUAAGAACUGUUUUUUCAACUUGGCCAUUCCAAUAAUUGUCUUUUCAGAAACAGCUGCAGUUAGAAAAACAGAAAUAAGAAAUGGAAUAUCUUUCACAAUCUGGGAUAGAUGGACUAUUCAUGGGAAAGAUAAUUUCACACUAUUGGACUUCAUAAAUACUGUCAAAGAAAAAUACGGAAUUGAACCAAUCAUGGUUGUCCAGGGAGUCAAAAUGUUGUAUGUACCUGUAAUGCCUGGCCACGUUAAACGACUAAAGCUGAC